AUGUCUUCACGCAAACUGCUGUCCCUUGAGGGACGAAUACGAAGCAUGUCAAUCCUCCAUCUGGCGCUCAUCCUCUCUACCGUCGCAACAUCUGUCGCCCAAAUGCCUUACAACCCGACGCGGAUUCUCCAGAACAACGAUACCCUCUAUGUCUUCCGCCCAUCGUCCCAGUCGACUGCUCAGUUUCAGUUAGAUAGCGUCGAUAUUUCGUCCAAGCUUGUGGCCUCGAAUCUCCCCUACAACACGAUAUCUUCAACCCUACCUUUCCUCGACGACACCACGCCGCGCGCCUUUACUCCGAUCCUCGAUCAUGACGGGAACUUGACUGUGUAUGCUGGCGACUGUACUUUGGGGGCAAGUGGAGGACAGAUAUGGAGUUUUACGUCGGGUGGAAAUGGAAAGCCCAGCUGGAGCAAGGAAAAGGUGUCUGUCGUGGACGGUUCGCACACUUCCAUCAUGGGUGCCAAUUACCUCAGUGGUGGAAUGUCCUUUUCAUCUGUCGUAGGCGGAAAAGCUAGGAACACUGGAGCAUACUUCUUUGGCGGCAUGUGUCCCAACCAAACCGAGUCCGACAGCAAGUGGCAAUCUGCGGCCAACUACUCCAACCUCAUGGUCACUCUCCAGCCCGAUGGCUCCGCCAGUCAACCCCUCAACUUAAAGCUGGAUAUUUCAUCAAGUCGCGGACCACCGGUACCAGAAGCUGGCUUCACCAUCACUGGCCUACCACCAACCUUCUCAGAUCGGAGCGACGGCACGCAAAUUCAACAACAGAACUUCCUUCUCAUUGGAGGACACACCAGUGCUGCCUUCAUCAACAUGUCGCAAAUUGCCUUGUUCUCGCUCCCCGAACAAGGCUGGACCUUUGUCGGUGUGCAACAACCCGAUACAUCUCGUAAAGAUCUGGCGGUCCGAGCAGACGUCUCUACCGUCGAUCCUCGAUCAGGUCAUACUGCUGUCAUGAGUGAAGAUGGGAAACAGAUCAUUGUCGUUGGUGGCUGGGUUGGCGACGUCAAUACACCGGCAGAGCCUCCACUCGCGAUUCUUAACAUCGCCGACGGCUAUGGGGGUGAUGGUAACUGGCAAUGGACAGUACCUGUUACGAAUGGUGCAGGGCUACCGAAGGGCUCAGGUCUCUAUGGUCAUGGUGCGGCCAUGCUGCCAGGCGGCGUAAUGAUGAUCACUGGGGGUUAUACUAUUUCACCACCUAGCACGCGGCGCGCAAGGGCUAUUUCAGCCAAGGCCAAUACUCUCACCUACUUCUUGAACGUCACUUCCAGGACCUGGAUCGCCGAUUACAUGCCUCCUCCAGGCAUGUUUUUCGAUUCAGCCAACAGCGGGCUGUUAUCUACCACAGCACAAAAAGCCGGCUUGGGAGUUGGGAUAGGUAUUGGACUGGCCGCUGUAUGUGGCCUGUUUGCCUUUUACAUCUGGUAUACAAGGCGUCUCAAAAAGCAACGAGAUAUCCGCGAGAAACAACUUCAGAACUUAUCAUACAACACGCACAGAUAUAGUCCCGAAGACUACUCACCAGGCUUUGACGGCCGCAUUGGUCACUCUGAUCCUUUGGAUCGCCUUCCAGAUCCGAACGGCCCGUACUACUUCCCGCCUGGCACUCAGGGAGGUCAAGGCUGGAAAGCCACAAGUCGGGGAGAUGUUGAGAGGACCGGGCUGCUAGUUGAGAUUCCAAGUCCGACGCGCGGACUGCGACGUAAUCUGGGCGGUAGACCCUAUUCCAUCGGUAGAACUCGUGGUCCGGGAGGCAUACACCCGAUUGACGAACUUGAAGAAGAUGCCGAAGACGAUUCUGGCCACGACAAUGCUUACCAAACUGAAAUGACCGAAACGCGCCCCAGGUCUAGGGCGAACAUACUAGAUAAUGCCCCGAUUCUUGACCCUUUCAUCACCUCUCGCGCCAAUGCCCAACGAGAUCUCUUCUCCACGCCACAUGGUUUGUCUGCAAUUCAAACUUCUGACCUCAACGGAAACCAGGGAUCCGGACGUAUCAGUCUGAACAUGGCAGGAAGGAUAUCACCGGAAAAGUCUACCUCUGACCGUACCGACUCCAACUUGAGCGAGACUAGUGUUCAUUCUUGGACAUCUUCUCAUGCUGGCGUAGUGCGCAGUACUUCAAUGCGAUCGAGCGCCAUGAUGGACAUGGUGACUGCCAAUCCCUUCAAGACGCCAGACGCAAGCCCGACACACGAAAAAGUCAAGAGGACAUUCGAAACUGGCCUUUCCCGUGAUGAUGUUCCGCAAACUGUCAGCAUUGAACCAGAUGGCGUUCCCCAUUAUAACACCACCUCUUCCUUUCCACGUCUUCAAGCAGAAGGCCAGGCGUUAUUGGGAGGCAAUCCUGAGCGAUCAAGACCAGACACAGGUUCUUCUAAUUCAGCACAUCGCCACACAGAAAGCGGUGGUAGUCAAACUGUGACAACGACUCCAGCAACAUCAGUUGGGUUAGAUUCGGCUGCUAUCGCACAACCAGCAGCAAGAGUGCGCAGGAUGAGCUGGCUGGGAAGUGUUCGCAGAGUAUUAACAAGAUCCGCCUCGAGCGCCGAGCGUAGAUCACUCGCUGCCACAAUGACCUACCACGAACCCUAUAGAGACGAUCCCAUCUCCCCCAUCGAAAAGACCCCAGCCUCUGCAAGAAAGUCCUUCCCAGCAGCAACAGCACCACCCCGCCGAGCCGCCUCCGACGCAAGCUUCUGGCGCAACCGCCGCGGCCAACAAGACUGGCUAGAAGACGAACAAGACUCAACCUGGCGCCGAACGGCCGGCGACGACUGGGGCACCCCCGAAGACAUCGCCAUGGCGGAACGCGAACGCGCACGACAAGAAUGGCGCGAACGAGGAAACCUCCUCGUCAACAUCAACAACGGCGAUCGCCUACCCACCCCCCGCACACCAAUCAGCCCCGACCAACUCGGCAUCCCGCCCAUCCUUGACCGGCCCUGCACCCCCGCCAGCGAAGCAGACUGGGACGUUGAAGCCGCCGUCGAGCGCCGCGUAGUCCAAGUCAUGUUUACAGUUCCGAAAUCUAAACUCCGCGUUGUCAACGCUGACAUCGAUGGCUGUAGUAUCAUGUCCGUCCCUACUCGUGAUGCUGGUGGUGGUGGUGGUGGUGGCAGUGAUGAUCGCACUGCUCCCCCGGAGUCUGGCAAUGCUACCGGUUCGCCAAGUCGUGUCAAAGAUCUCGCGGGGAGGUUUGAGCAGUUGAAUUAUAAUAGUAGCCCGCGUACGUUGCCAAGGCCUUCGCCGUCGAAUUCUAUCAAGUCGAUGAAGAUUAGGCAGAAGGGGAGUUCGGCGUCGUUGGCGGCCGGGCAGAUGGGUGCAGGUACGGGUGCGAGGGGGAGGGGGGUGAGAAAAAGGAGUGGUGGUGGUGGUGGUGGUGAUGGUGAGGCAGGGGAGUAA